AUGGGUUGGAUUCUACAGAAGGUCGAUAGACAGAAGGUCGAUAGACAGAAGGUCGAUAGACAGAAGGUCGAUAAACAGAAGGUCGAUAGACAGAAGGUCGAUAGACAGAAGGUCGAUAGACAGAAGGUCGAUAGACAGAAGGUCGAUAGACAGAAGGUCGAUAGACAGAAGGUCGAUAGACAGAAGGUCGAUAGACAGAAGGUCGAUAGACAGAAGGUCGAUAGACAGAAGGUCGAUAGACAGAAGGUCGAUGGACAGAAGGUCGAUAGACAGAAGGUCGAUAGACAGAAGGUCGAUGAACAGAAGGUCGAUGGACAGAAGGUCGAUAGACAAAAGGUCGAUAGACAGAAGGUCGAUAGACAGAAGGUCGAUAGACAGAAGGUCGAUAGACAGAAGGUUGAUAGACAGAAGGUCGAUAGACAGAAGGUCGAUAGACAGAAGGUCGAUAGACAGAAGGUCGAUAGACAGAAGGUCGAUAGACAGAAGGUCGAUAGACAGAAGGUCGAUAGACAGAAGGUCGAUAGACAGAAGGUCGAUAGACAGAAGGUCGAUAGACAGCAGGUCGAUAGACAGAAGGUCGAUAGACAGAAGGUCGAUAGACAGAAGGUCGAUAGACAGAAGGUCGAUAGACAGAAGGUCGAUAGACAGAAGGUCGAUAGACAGAAGGUCGAUAGACAGAAGGUCGAUAGACAGAAGGUCGAUAGACAGAAGGUCGAUAGACAGAAGGUCGAUAGACAGAAGGUCGAUAGACAGAAGGUCGAUAGACAGAAGGUCGAUAGACAGAAGGUCGAUAGACAGAAGGUCGAUAGACAGAAGGUCGAUAGACAGAAGGUCGAUAGACAGAAGGUCGAUAGACAGAAGGUCGAUAGACAGAAGGUCGAUAGACAGAAGGUCGAUAGACAGAAGGUCGAUAGACAGAAGGUCGAUAGACAGAAGGUCGAUAGACAGAAGGUCGAUAGACAGAAGGUCGAUAGACAGAAGGUCGAUAAACAGAAGGUCGGUAGACAGAAGGUCGAUAGACAGAAGGUCGAUAGACAGAAGGUCGAUAGACAGAACGUCGAUAGACAGAAGGUCGAUAGACAGAAGGUCGAUAGACAGAAGGUCGAUAGACAGAAGGUCGAUAGACAGAAGGUCGAUAGACAGAAGGUCGAUAGACAGAAGGUCGAUAGACAGAAGGUCGAUAGACAGAAGGUCGAUAGACAGAAGGUCGAUAGACUGAAUGUCAAAAGGACAAAAGUGCACUCGAAUUGCUCUUCGCAGCGCGUCUCGUCCGGAGAUACCUUGCUGACGGCUCCCACUUCCUCGCAGGACAAAAACCGUGCCAUUAGCUCCGUCAGAUUGCUCGAUACCGACAUGUAUCUCACACCCUGA